AUAAACUCUGUACACUUAAGGAGCGCGGUAUUGUGACUUUGACUUCGGUGGCGCUGGGCUAUAUAUGAUGGCUACGAACGACUCGGCCAAGCCAAAAGAUCCUCCUGACGUUAUAAUAGAUUUUACAAAAAAACGGGAGUUUGUCCGUGGACGGUUUUUGGGAAAGGGAGGAUUCGCAAAAUGCUAUGAACUUAUUGAUAAAAAAACAGGUGAAAAGUACGCCGGUAAAGUUAUUAACAAGUCAGCCUUGGUCAAAGACUCCCAAAAAGAGAAAAUGCGCCAGGAGAUCAGUAUUCAUCGUUCUCUAAAACAUGAAAAUGUUGUUAGAUUCUAUGGAAACUUCGAGGAUAGUGAAUUCAUAUACAUUUUGCUUGAACUUUGCAGCCGCAGAUCGCUUUUAGAACUACACAAGCGUAGAAAGUACGUCACUGAACCAGAGGCCAGGUAUUUUAUGAAACAAAUUGUUCAUGGCUGUCAAUACCUUCAUCAAAAUAAGGUCAUGCAUAGAGAUCUUAAGCUGGCCAACCUUUUCCUCGACGACAACCUGAAAAUUAAAAUAGGGGAUUUCGGGCUUGCCUCGAGGAUCAGUCAUGAGGGUGAGAAGAAAAAGACGUUGUGUGGUACUCCCAACUAUAUUGCUCCCGAAAUUUUAAGUAAAGGCGGACACAGCUUCGAAGUAGACUCAUGGUCUCUUGGUUGUAUACUUUAUACUCUUCUAGUAGGGAGUCCUCCUUUCGAAACUACUAAACUGGAAGAAACGUAUGCACGCAUUAAACAAAAUGAGUACCGCAUUCCGAUUCGUGUGUCAACAAAUGCCUCAAUGCUCAUCCGCUCACUCUUACAUGCCGAUCCGGAAAGAAGACCAAAUAUGUUCGAUGUACUCGAUCAUGAUUUCUUUAAAGACUUUACACCUAGUGGUCUUCCUGUAAGUUGCCUUUCAACAUGCCCCAGAUUUGAUACUAUGCAUCGACCACAAACCGGACGUCGCCCAUUGUCUGACAUCAACCCCGUUGAGGAUGUUCCUAUUACUAGUGGUGGUGGUGCCCUUGGUAACGUUGGUGGUGCUGCAGUUGAUAAAGCCGUUCAGCCGGAUGACUGCUGGCUUGGGUUACUUAAGCACAAAUUAGGUCGUGUGUUAGAGGAACCCAAGGAAUUUGACGAUUCAUCACCAAAAGCAAUGGAAGAAAGUGAGGUUCCAGCAGCCUGUCCAAUAUACUGGGUUAGCAAAUGGGUUGAUUAUUCAGAUAAAUAUGGUUUGGGAUAUCAAUUGUGUGACAACUCAUAUGGUGUCGUAUUCAAUGACGUGACAAGACUCCUUUUAACAACCAAUGAACAAAAUCUUCAAUACAUCGACGAACAUGGGACUGAACGUUUGUUUACUCUGUCUAAGCAUCCGGAAUAUCUGUCAAAAAAAGUGACGCUUCUCACGUGCUUUAAAGCCUAUAUGCACCAGAAUCUUCUUAAGGCUGGUGAGAAUAUUGCGCGACCGGACACUGAUGCCAUGACUCGUCUACCCUUUCUUCGCCGAUGGUUUAGAACACGCUCAGCUAUUGUACUGCAUUUAAGCAAUGGAACGUUGCAAAUAAACUUCUUUGAUGAUCAUGCAAAAAUCAUUCUAUGUCCCUUAAUGCGUGCCGUAACUUAUAUUGAUGCCAACAGGGAAUUCAGAACGUACCGCUUCAAACAUCUACGGGAAUUCGGUUUAAGUAAGGACUUAGCAAACAGAUUGAGAUACGCACAAGAAAUGAUAGAGCGUCUCAUCCCAAAAUGUGGAACAAUCUCCUCCAAUUUAAAUGAUCCCAAUACAAAAAUGACUGUAGAUAAUGGGAAGUCCAACAAACCAGUUUCAGCGGAUGUACAGAAAACAAAUGCGACUGGGACUGGGGCAGCGACUAAGAAAAUAACUCGACCGACUAAUCAGUAGUUUCCGUUUUAUUUUCUCAGUUUUUAUCCUUCGAACUGAAUUCACAAUGUCAUUGUCGUUUAUACUUAGCAUUAUCUCUUUCAAAUUGAAUCUGAUCUAAUUUAGUCACAUUUUUCUGAUAGAAAUUUUGUACACUUUGAUUGCACUCCUGAUUUGAUCCAUGGUUGUCCACAACACUACGGAGUUGUUAAUUCACACCGAUUCAUCGGAAUUUUAAAAAUAGUAUAAAUAUCUAGAUUUCUUCAUGUCUCUGUAACUUACAUGUUGAUCUGUGAAAUCUAAAUUAUUGUAAAGCAUUUCCUAGUGAAUGGAUGUGCUUAUUCAUCUUUUUCGACUAUGAAAUUAGUCGAAAAUGGUAUAUGGGGGAAAGUUUCACAUUCAUGUCUUCCUUUUGACCUUUCUAAUAUUGUUUAAUAAUACCUUUAAUUAGUAUAUGGCGAAUUUUGUUAGGCACGGGUGUUUUGCAAGUAUACAUCUAAUCAUCUGACGUAUAAAGUUUCAGACUAUCUCAUAUAGAGCUUCUUUGUAAAGGCUUUCAUGAAUAAGUUACUGGAAAUCUAAACGUUAUGCACUGU